AUGGCUCGUCGCGGAGAAUUGUUGGAUGCCAAGAUUUACGUUGGUGGCUUACCCGAAGAUGCCACUACACAAGAGAUUGAAGAUGCUUUCCAUCGUUUUGGCCGAAUUCGCAAAGUUUGGGUAGCUCGUCGUCCACCAGGCUUCGCUUUCGUUGAAUUCGAAGAUACCCGAGAUGCGGAAGAUGCUGUUAGAGCGCUGGAUGGAAGGUAAGUUAUACUUACUAUUUUUUACAAAAUUUUAGUCGAAUUUGUGGUGUCAAAGCAAGAGUUGAGUUGUCUCACGGACGUAGAAGAAAUGGAGGUCGUGGAGGACCACCUGGACGUGGUGGUGGUGGUAGCGGUGGACGGUAAGUAUUUUUUUAAUUGAUGAUACUUUAUUGUCUUCCAUGUUAUGUUUGGAAGAUUACAAAGUGUGCAGAUAAAAACGAAUGAUUUAUUAAUUCAGUCUACUACUUCGUCUUUGGUAGUUAAUUUUGGUUAAAACUUUUAGUCGUUUCGACGGUCUAUCAUCGCCUUCAAUCUUCUUUCUAAGCCGACCCGUCAUAUGAACAGUUUUUUGUUCAUAACAACAUGCUUUGCUAAUGCACAGAACUAUCAUCAUAACUGGUGCAGCAGCAUGCGCUCCUCUCGUCACCAGCGUUUACCCUCAUCUGAUUCUGAAACGUGUUGAAUCUAGUUUUGUAGACCUUUAAUAAGCGAUCGAACUGGCGUUCAACACGUUUAGGAUCAUGUCUAAAACGGACUUCUGCGCAUCUUAUGAGUACAGUACGCCUGCUCUCAUUAGCACCUAUCUCCUGACUGCAUCCUAACAUCCUGCCUUCACUAUUCCUUACGUUUUCAUCCAACAUCUUCACCUAACGUUCGGAUACACUCAUUUUUUCAUCUUUUGUGUUGUGGUAAGACAACUAUACUAUUAAAAGCUGGUGCGCUAAACUUCAAGGUGUUAAUAGGUAAUUAAGGUAGUCAUCACUGACUUUUUGAACUUUUUUUUAAUUAAUGUAUUGGUAAAUUAUAUUAACAUAAACCUUUUAGCUAUCGCAGUCGUUCGCCAGCUGGAGGACGUGGCCGUUCUAGGUCUAGAUCACCGCGUUACGAUGACAGACGUCGUUCUCCGCGCAGGUCUUACUCGAGAAGCCGCUCCCGCUCUCGUUAA